AUGGAGCCUGCCCAGGAGCCCCCGGAGCUGGGAGCACAGACAGACCCUGCUGCAGACACUGUGCUGGAGGUGGGGGAGAGGCUGUUCCAGGUGAGCCGCAGGGAGCUCUCCGGGCACAGCCGCUACUUCCAGGCCUUGUUCUUCGGAGGGGCGAGGGAGAGCUCGGAGCAGCACAUCGUGCUGCGCGGCGUCGACGCCGUGCCCUUCCAGGCCCUGCUCGACUUCACCCGCACGGCCCAGGUGCUUAUAGGCCAAGAGAACGUGACCAGCUUGCUGGAAACAGCUGAUUUUUUCCAGUUUGACAGGGUGAAACUGUUGUGUGAGAAGUUCCUGGAGCGAGAGCUGCACGUUUCCAACUGUCUGGGCCUGAUGAGCUAUGCACAGCAGUUUGCCUUCACAGAGCUGUACGUGGCAGCUAUGAACGUGGCUCUCACUCACUGGGGGGAUGUGAUGUGCCAGGAGGAGUUUCAGACACUACCCAAGGAAAUGCUGCUGCAGCUCCUGAGGAGUGAUGAGCUCUUUGUGCCACGGGAAGAUGUGGUUUUCAACAGUGUCACCAGGUGGAUAACGGAGGACCCAGCGACGAGAGAGGAGGAAUUCCUGGAGCUGGUGGGCGAAGUCAGGGUCACUUUCCUGAGCUUGUCCUUCCUCGAUCUCCUGGUGAAACGCAGCAGACGCUCUGGGGAGACAGAUCUCUAUUCCAGACUAGUAAAGAAGUUAGACAGCUGUCCUCCCCCCAGCUGGCACCACCCCCAACUGUGUCCUCAGGCUGGUCGGAGCUAUGACACCCUCUAUGUCCUGGGAGGAAAGCAUGACAAGGAGCAGCAGGAACUAUUUCUCUUUCAGCCCAAGACAGGGGCCUGGCAGGCCUGUUCUCCUCUGCAGCGCAGGAACCUCACCCAGUAUGCAGUAGCAGCAGUAGGGAGUUUCCUUUUUGUGACAGGAGGCUAUUUCCGGGAUGAGUUCGUAUGGUACAGUGUGGAUUGGGUGCUUAUCUACAACUGCCUGGACAACAGCUGGCUGGAGGGCCCAGCCAUGAAGCUGUCCCGACACAGUCACUGCGCGGCGGGCGCUGGGCUCUGCCUCUACGUGCUGGGAGGGAGCACUGAUGAGGGCAUCACCGCGGCCGUGGAGCGCAUGGCACUGCUGGAGUCAGAGUGGGAGAGCAUGAGCCCCAUGGCCCAGCCCGUGGAGAGAGGAGAUGCUGUCAGUGUGGGCAGCAGAAUCUACGUGGUCUGCGGCCUGGAUGACCACGUGUACGAUGGAGUGCAGAGGCUGAACACAGAGACUGACAGCUGGGAUGUCAUCUCCAUCUCCCCUCUUCCAAGGUAA